AUGACAAGUGUUGAUUUAUCAAGCAACAGGUUUGAAGGAGAUAUUCCAAAUUCCAUUGGAAGUCUGAGCUCACUUGUGCUACUCAACCUGUCUCACAACAGCUUCCACGGUCAUAUUCCUGCAGAAAUUGCAAAGUUGCAGGCGCUCAAAGCAUUAGAUUUCUCAUGGAACAGACUCAUUGGAGAAAUUCCAGGUCUAUUGUCGUGUUUGACAGUUUUUGAGGAAUGUGGAAACAAUAAUGUGUCAGAUGAGUCGCCACUUGAACAAGAUGAUGAUGAUGAUUCAUUUUUUGUGAGCGGAUUCACAUGGGAAGCUAUGGUAAUCCGGUCGCUGGUAGAUCUGAUCCGAACAGAUCUUGUUGAAUGA